AUGACUAUCACCAGUGUCACGCGUAACGAGCUCUGGCGGCACCCGGACCCCACCUCGACUCCCAUGUGGGCGUUCCUUCUCCAGGUGAAUCAGAAGUACGGACUUGAACUGGCAGACUACCCCGGUCUCUACAAGUGGUCCGUCGAAAACGUGGCAGAGUUCUGGGAGGAGGUUUGGCAUUCUGUGGGCAUCACUGCUUCCAAGCCGUUCGACAAGGUCUUGCCGCUCAAUGCGCCCAUGUACCCGCGUCCAGACUUCUUCUCAGGUGCCCGUCUCAACUUUGCCGAGAACCUGCUCUUCCCCGCCAACGUCGCUGUCGACCCCACAUCCGUCGCAGCCAUCACCACUACCGAACUUGGACCCUCCGUCUCCACAACAUGGGCCGAGCUCCGAGACGCCGUCCGCCGAUGUGCCGCCGGCCUCCGGGCCCACGGCGUCAAGCCCAAUGACAUCGUUGCCGGCUUCGUAUCGAACCACGUGCAGGCCAUCAUCGCCGCCCUCGCUGCAGCGUCGGUAGGCGCCAUCUGGACCGGCAUUAGCCCCGACAACGGCGUCAGUGCUGUCUUGGAUCGUCUUGCCCAGAUCGGGCCCAAGGUCCUCUUCGCCGACAAUGGCACCGUGUACAACGGCAAGGAGUGGAGCAGCACCGACAAGACGGAGGAGAUUGUGAAGGCUCUGAUGCCGGAGGGCCUCGAGCUUGUGAUUGUCAUCAACAAUGUGGCCUGCGACCUUGCCAUCGACGGCCUAAGAGCAACGGGCGUUGCAGUCGAUGAAUACGAGUCGUUCCUCCAAGGCUCCCCCGAUGAGCCUCUCAAGUUUGAGCAGCUCCCCCCCUCACAUCCCCUCUACAUCCUCUACUCCAGCGGCACCACCGGCCUGCCAAAGGCCAUCGUCCACACCGCCCUCGGCACCCUCAUCCAGCACAAGAAAGAGCACGCCCUGCACGGCUCCCUGACCGCAAAGUCCCGCAUGCUCUACUACACCACAACCUCGUGGAUGAUGUGGCACUGGUCCGUCUCCGCCCUCGCCGUCGGCGCCACCCUCGUCCUCUACUCCGGAUCCCCCUUCAAACCGCAAGGCCACCUCUCCCUCCCCCGCCUCCUCUCCGACCUCCGCGUAACCCACUUCGGCACCUCGGCUGCCUACCUCACCGCCCUCGAAGCCAACGCGGUCUACCCCGUAAACGACCCCUCCAUCGACCUCUCCGCCCUCGAGGCAAUCUACUCCACCGCCAGCCCCCUCCCGCCCUCCACCUUCUCCUUCGUCUACAAAGCCUUCCCCGCCAAAGUCAACCUCGCCUCCAUCACCGGCGGCACAGACAUCAUCUCCCUCUUUGGCGCACCCUGCCCCCUCCUCCCCGUCCGCGUAGGCGAAAUCCAGUGCGCCGGUCUCGGCAUGGCCAUCCGCGCAGUCGACUCCCUCUCAGGCGAAUCCCUCCCGGACCCAACCCACCCAGGGGACCUCAUCUGCAUCCAGCCCUUCCCCUGCCAACCUCUCACCUUCUUCGGCCCAGGCGGUGACGCAAAGUACAAGGCCGCCUACUUUGAACGCUUCGCCGACGUUUGCGGCGUGCAGGGCGCGGUAUGGCACCACGGCGACUUUAUCAAGAUCCCCAACCCGGCCACGGGCUCGCUCGUCAUGCUCGGCCGCUCUGACGGCGUUCUCAAACCCGCGGGCGUACGGUUCGGGUCGGCGGAGAUUUACAACAUCUUGACAAGGUUCUUUGCCGCCGAGGUGGAGGAUGCUGUUUGUGUUGGUCGGAGGCGCGCUACAGAUGCUGAUGAGACGGUGUGUCUUUUUGUUGUUCCCGUUGCGGGCCGCGUGUUUGAUGAUGAGUUGAGGAGUAAGAUUAAGAGUGUGAUUCGGAGGGAACUGAGUCCCAGGCAUGUUCCUGGUGUCAUCGAGGAGGCUGGUGGUGGGAUUCCCAAGACGGGGAAUGGGAAGAAGAUCGAAGUGGCCGUCAAGCAGAUCCUCUCCGGCAUGGACGUCAAGACCAACGCCAGCGUCGCCAACCCCGAAGCCCUGGAAUGGUUCCGCGCGUGGGCCGAGGCGCAUUAG